AUGAUAGUGGCUUGUGCAGAACUUGUGGCCAACUUUGAUUCCCUAUUUAAACCUAGCAUUGUUCAGGCAGAGAUUGCACGCCAAGAAGCAAGGCUGAAGAUGGAGAGAGAGAACCUUGAGAAGGAGAAAAGUGUGCUGAUGGGAACUGCAUCAAAUCAGGAUAACCAAGAUGGCGCUCUUGAAAUCACUGUAAGUGGGGAGAAGUACCGAUGCCUCAGGUUUGCUAAGGCAAAGAAGUGA